ACAAGCUUCCUGCAGUUGUCCAGAUCGUCCUCCUCAAUCUGCAAUGAGACUUUUCAUCCUACUCUUCUUUUGCUUCCAUGGAAUCUGCUGGGCAUCAAAUUUUUACUGUGUUCACCAACCAAAAACCCUCCACGUGAAGGAAGGAGAUUCGGUCACCAUCCCGUGUUCAUACACCUAUCCUGAGGACCACAGAGGGAAGUCACAGAUUAUAGUAACUUGGUGGGAAGCAUAUACAGUGCACUGCUCCAGUAUCAGGAAAUACAUAAUAGAGAAUAAUGGGAAUAUUAUUAAGGAGUAUGAAGACCGGAUCUCUGCAGUAAACCAUCCUGAUAACCAGACGGCGUCUAUCGUAAUCCGAGGACUGAAAGCUUCUGAUGGAAUCAUAUUCUGCUGUGGAGUAAAUGUCAUCAAUGCUCGCUAUGAAUCUUAUGAUGUGUAUGGGACGUUUCUGAACCUUGCAGGUGGAAAGUGGUUGUCUCAGGUGGAGGAACUGAUCGCUGUAGAAGGAGAAGAGCUGAUCAUCCCCUGUCAUCACCCGUUGAAGACCCUGAGGGAAGCUCUGCAAGUGACCUGGUAUAGAGGAUACAAAGAACUGUGUGAUGGUAUUAAAAAUGAGAUUUAUAAAUGGGACCAAAAACCCACUAUCGGUGCAGAUAAAUUCUCACUGGUGAACAUCUCUGAAGACUUUUCUCUGCGUAUACACCGUGUACAGAGUAAUGGACCACCCCAGUAUUGUUGCCGUGUGACCACCAGUGAUGGACAAGAAAUAAAGAGCCGAAUUAGUACAGAACUGAUCAUCGCAGGUCCAUCCUCAUCCUCCUCGUCAACAUUCACUGUAACCCAGCCAUAUAACAUCACAGGUCAUAUAGGACAGUCUGUGAACAUAAGCUACUUCUAUAGCCAAUAUAUGGAGAGUGAUGUCCUGGGGGUUGAUAUUUACUGGAGAGUGGGCAGCACAAGCGGACCUUACGUCUACCACCCCUACAAGAAGAUGAUUCAUCCUGAUUAUAGAGGAAGAACAGAAAUACAAGAUGAAGCAGGUUUGCAGAUACGGGGGCUGCAGAUGUCAGACGACUCCAUGUAUUACUGCUUUGUGAUGAUCAGACUGUGUACUGGAAACAGCCAAUAUAAAAAACUAGCUCAGUAUGGAGAAGGGACACGACUAAUUGUGACAGAACCUUUGCCUGUUCCUGAUGAAUACCCGCUUGUGAUCAUCAUUUCCAUCACCGUUGCAAUCCUGUUGGUUCUUCUAUUUGUGCUCUUGAUUAUCCUGAAGAUAACAGGUGUCAUUUGUAAAAAGAAAAAUGUCUCUGGAGGAAUGAAAACAGCUGAAAAUCCAGAAAAUGUGGAAUUAGAUUUUGAAGAAAAAACAUAUUGUGAGAUCUCAACAAAGAGCAUAGAGAAUAAUCAAGCAGCGGAGUGUACAGAAGAAGCAAAUGAAAAUGAGAUGCAGGGAGAAAAAGAUGAACCGGAAAAUAGCAUAGAGAAUAAUCAAGGAGCGGAGUGUACGGAAGAAACAAAUGAAAAUGAGAUGCAGGGAGAAAAAGAUGAACCGGAAAAUGAGAACAUUCUCUAUUCUGAACUAAACAAAACCAAACUGCAACAAAGAAAUCCAGCGACAUACCAAAAGCCGGAAGAAGAAACUGUGUACGCCACCGUCGUCAGUCCAGAUUCCAGGAAAUAAGAAGACACAGAAAUGGGGACUGCAAAGGAUGAGACUUUUAAAACACCAGAUUAUUAUUCAAGGAUUAAAAAAAUUGUUUGGUAUUCAUAUGAAUCAGAUUAAAGCUUGUCUUACUGCAAAAGGUUAAUAAAUCUAUUUAAAGAGGACCUUUCACCGAUUAUGACACUGUGAACUAAGUAUGCAGACAUGGAGAGCGGCGCCCGGGGAUCUCACUGCACUUACUAUUAU